AUGAUGAACAGCUUUCUACAAGAUCUUUGGAACAACGACAAUCGAGGGAAACGCUUUCAUCGACAACAAAAUGGACAGAGUGGCUCACCGGCGAUCACUUGCAAGCAUUGCGGCAAUUCGGUUCGAAUCACAAAGACGAAUGGUCCUUCAAAAGUUCGCCAUUUACUCGAUCAUGCAAAAUGGCAUCUCGAUCAUCGACCAAUUGGUUGUCCAUUCUGUGAAUACACAGCCAAAGAGGGAACCACUGUGCGCGCACAUUUGAGAUCGAUUCACAAAACGAAUGUGGAUCCAAUCGAUAACUCAAACGAAGAACCCUACAGGAGUGAGCUUUUUGAGAAAACCAAAGAGUAUUUUCCGCAAUUCUCUGAAACUCUUAAUGUUUACUAUGAAAAUGUCAAAAAUGGAGUGACAUCUCGUGGUCAGAGUAGAAGAACAAGGGCUUCGUUGAAUUCUAAUUUUUCAAUCGACUACGCUCCACUCAUUCAAGCGUCACUUCUAGCACAGGGUGGCUCAAGGAAAUCACCAGCAAUUGAUGAUUUCAAUGAAGACAACGAAGCACUGGAAACGUCAAUCAGUGAUGUGCAGCGGUUGCUCUUCGGCGCUCCACCGCUGAAAUUGAGCAAAGAGGAGGUGGAGGAUGACGACUGUUUGAUCACAUCACAUCUCAAUUUGAUGGCUCGUCAAAUGAUUGAAUCUAGACAGAGUCCAGCGACGAGUCGAGCCGAAUCUGAGCAGCCAAGACAGGAGGCGAAGGAAAAGCCUUUCAAAUUGCCACUUUGUCAAGAAAGUCCGGAAGCUGUGGAUGUCCACGAAAUGCUCAAAGCAUCACAAGAAGAAAAUAAACGUUUACGAGUUGAAAUGGAGAAGAUGAAAGAGGAGAAUGCUCAGGUGAUGUCACUUCUCGGGCAAACGCAAGCAAAGAAAGCUCAAUACAAAAGAGAAAAAGCAUUGAUGAAGGAAGAGCUCGAGAUUCUCCGGAAACGAUGCCCAGAUGUCGUGGAAUUGGAU